CGGAGCAGGGGCGCGGCGGAGCAGGAGCGCGGUGAGCGCAGGACCGGCCAGCACUCUCCGGCGCCGGGAUCCCGCGCCUAGGGCGCAGCGGCUGCGCCCUACCCUCCGGGCGUGGGCGAGCUGGCCGCGUGUGCCUCCCUGCUUGACGCGUGGGCGAGCCAAUCAGGACCAGCGGUCCAGGCUGCCAUGUGACGGGCGAGGCGGCUCCUUUCCCCAGCGCGGCCAGAGGGAGGAGAGAACCGGGGCUCGCCGCGAGCCUUCGAGAGCAGCGGUCGCGGAGGCGGCGGCGGCGGCACAGGCUCGGGCCAGCCGCGCGCGCAUCCCCCGGCGCCCUGGGCGGCGGAAAGCUCGGCGGGCCGCGGGAGCCCACGACACGAGUGGACAAAGCAAGAUGGCAGGGAUCUUAGCCUGGUUCUGGAACGAGAGGUUUUGGCUCCCACACAAUGUCACCUGGGCGGACCUGAAGAACACGGAGGAGGCCACCUUCCCGCAGGCUGAGGACCUCUAUCUUGCCUUCCCCGUGGCCUUCUGCAUCUUCAUGGUGCGGUUCAUCUUCGAGAGAUUUGUAGCCAAACCAUGUGCCAUCGCCCUCAACAUUCAGGCCAAUGGACCACAGAUUGCCCAGCCCAAUGCCAUUCUGGAAAAGGUCUUCACUGCAAUUACGAAGCAUCCUGAUGAAAAGAGAUUGGAAGGCCUCUCCAAACAGCUGGACUGGGAUGUUCGCAGCAUUCAACGCUGGUUUCGACAGAGAUGCAACCAGGAGAAGCCAAGCACGCUGACGAGGUUCUGUGAGAGCAUGUGGAGAUUUUCAUUUCACCUUUAUGUAUUUAUCUAUGGGGUCCGGUUCCUGAAAAAGAGCCCCUGGUUGUGGAAUACAAGGCACUGUUGGUACAACUACCCCUAUCAGCCACUCACAACUGACCUUCACUACUAUUAUAUCCUGGAGCUGUCGUAUUAUUGGUCUUUAAUGUUUUCCCAGUUCACUGAUAUCAAAAGAAAGGACUUUGGCAUCAUGAUCCUGCAUCACAUUGUAGCUAUUUUCUUGAUUUCCUUUUCAUAUGUCAACAAUAUGGCCCGAGUAGGGACCCUGAUCCUCUGUCUUCACGAUUCAUCUGAUGCUCUUCUAGAGGCUGCCAAAAUGGCAAAUUAUGCCAAGUUUCAGAAAAGUUGUGAUCUUCUGUUUGUUAUGUUUGCCAUGGUUUUUAUCACUGCACGACUGGGCAUAUUUCCUUUCUGGGUGUUAAAUACCACGUUAUUUGAAAGCUGGGAGAUCGUUGGACCUUACCCUUCCUGGUGGGUGUUUAAUCUACUGCUGUUGCUAGUACAAGGCUUGAACUGCUUCUGGUCUUACUUGAUCAUAAAAAUGGCUUGCAAAGCUAUUUCAAAAGGCAAGGUGUCCAAGGAUGAUCGAAGUGAUAUUGAGUCUAGCUCAGAUGAGGAAGAUUCAGAACCUCCAGGAAAGAACCCCCACACUGCAACCACCACCAAUGGGACCAGUGGUACCAAUGGGUAUCUCCUGACUGGGUCUUGCUCCGUGGAUGAUUAAUUACUCAAAACUACCAAGUCCCGAACAAAGUGAACUAUUUGUUCCUGGAAGCAUUUAAUAAGUUGCAAAUGUAGUUCCUUUCAUUAUAUCUCAGCACCAGAAACAAAAAUUAGGAUUAUCUCAAAGCAUUUUGAAUAGUGCACUGCCAUAUGUCCUGUCUGUGAAUGAAGAAGAAUUACCAUUCUCUAUAUGUAGGCAUGCUGUAUGUAAUUGACACAAGGGAACAGUAUUUGCAUUUGUACUGUCUUAGAAUAUUAUUUAUAUUUCGAAUUUGUUUGUAAAUCUGUGGACAAAAGAGGGUUUCCUCACUCCUUUUACUCUCUGGGGUCAUGACAGUGAGGGAGAUGCUCCAUCUGCUUCUACCCCUUUCUAUUGCUAUGACUCAGUUCGCUAGGAGCAUCAGCUUAAUUUGUCACUUAGAGCAAACAAAACCCAGUGCAAGAUUCUCGUACCCCUCCAAAUAGGUUUGCUUUCUUUGUAUUACAGUGCCUGUUUUGAAACUGCCUAUAUAGUCUCAGUGACCAUUUUCCCAGUGUAAAGUUUAAUCAGGAUGAGCUAGGCUUUUUAAUUGUCACUCUUUGUGGUCAAUUAGCAGUUCAAAUUUAAAAGUAUGGUUUGAAAUAAACAUAAUGUCUUGUGCACACAGCCAAGAUUUCUUUAGUGAGUAUGAUAGCUAAUUGGAGAUAAACCUUGUAGGUUACAGAGACUUUUUUUUUAAUUCUCUAUUAUGAUGUCAGUGCUUUGGCUCUGAAGGAAGACAUUUGCUUAAGGUCAUAGUUACAAACAAUGAAGUCAUUCUUACUAUUGGGAAUUUGUCCCUUGAUCUGAGAAUAGCAGAAAGAGAACAGCUGAUUUCAACCAGAUUUCAGCACUACCCCUAUAAUUACCACAGUCUUCUGUCAUGUCAUGAAAAAAAGAAGCUAAGCAUAUUUUGGGACAGCAAAGGAGACUGCGAACAGUUGGCAAAGGUCACCUCUGGUGCAAAGCACUUUAUUGCAACCAGCAUUCGAGGAAGUGCCCUAUCUAGUAUUUGAUUUUGAUGUUUCUAUUUUUCUGAGUAACGUAAAACCAGUGGGAGAAGGAAGAUUUUACUCUUUGUCUUUUCUCCUUAAACAUGACCUGCAGUGACUCUCCUGUUAUUAGAAACUGAGCAGUGUUGCACUUGAGGCCCUUUGGUUAGCUUCCUUGAAGAUUUGUUCAGUUUCCAAGAAUUUUUAUUCAAAUAGAGCUAUUUCCAGAAAAAAAUAAUAAAAAUUCUACUGGACUACAGCAGUAUCAGCAGUGAGAAAGAUUGUUGAAAAGUAAGUUGCUCUAGUCUCCUACAUGGCAGUGUUAUUUAUGUAUAAGUAAGAAAACCAUACACAUAAACCAAAGACUUUAUCUGUUUUCUUCCACUUCUAAGUAAGAGGGAAUAAAAAGGUAUUACAAACACUUACUUCAUGAACAAAACAAGAGUCCAGAACCACAGUGCAAUAAUAUAAAUGUGAGUCAAAGGAUAGUAAAGACAACAGCAGAAAUACUAGGGAGUGCACAUCCUGCUUCCAGCCAUACACAUUCGAUUCUAAUUUUUGAAAAAAAUUGAGAUGAAUCUUUGUGCCCACAGUUCGCAACCUGUGAGUUAAUAGUUAAUACUCCCAAACUAAAACCUCACACUGUAAUAUUAAAUCUUUCCCCACCUAUAUACGAAAUAGUAUGUUUCUGAUAAGGUCCACAGUAAUAAUUAAAGAGCCUUAGACAUAUGUCUGUUGAUAAAACAAUGCAACUAAUUCUUCUUGUAAAGCUUUAUUAUUUUAUUCAACAAAACAAGAAUAUGUCUAGGAGUGUAAGUUGUGGAUGGUUUGAGACCAAUCAUAAAACAUCAAUAGUACUUGUUAGUCAUCUGAACAUCUGACAUCGGAACAUCUCAACAUCUCAACGUCUGCAUUGAUAAAAUGCAGAUAUAUCAAAUGGAACAGCAAGCAUGUUAUAUAGCUGAAAAUUUUUGAGGUGAAAGUUUCCUUUUUUACCAACUAAAAUAUGGAAAAGAAGAGUGAGUUGUACCUUGCUUUAGUGUCUGGAGCAAGUCCUCUCAAUGGGGGAAAUAAACCAGAGAACCACAAUGUGUUCAAAUUUGGAUCAUCUGACACCCCACCACAGAAGAAUAAUUUGAAAAGAUUGGCUUGUAAAUUAAUGGUUUAGAAGAGUUGCAUGAAAUGAAGUAAAUUGAGUUAGUCCUUAGCAAAGGCAAAUCUAAGCAAACUUUUGUUUCUCCCAAAAGUCACUUAGAAGGAGGACUGAGAAUACUCAGAGCCUCAGUGACCAGUGACAUUAACUUAACACAGUCCCCUAUAUAUCUAUAGAUUUUUAUUUGAUUUUGCCUUUUAGGGCAAAGAGUUCUUUUUGACUAAUCAAAGUUGGUGUUUGUAGGCCUGUUAAGAUGAAAAAUAAUACAUUUCUGUCUACUCCUCCCCCAUGGUAGCAUGAUAAGACUGAGAGAGAAAAAUAUGUGAGAUAUCUUAUCUUCUACUUGUGCCAGACCAUAGCUUUGGAAGUGUAUUUUGUAAAUUCAACUGUAGGUUACUGAGAGUGUUGUUUCCCAUUAAUUAACUUAGCCUGUGCUGAGAUCUCCUUCCUCCUGGUCAUAUUCAAACCUUCCCAGGGUACCAAGGGGUAUGUAGGAAGGAGUCUAGAAAAAGUAAUAUUUUAUUCUCUAAUGCUAUAGCUUUUCUAGAUCUCUUAGUGGGGAAAAAAGUAGAAAAUUGAGUAGAAUUUGGCCUUGAGUCAAUAAAUGAUAUGAAAAUGUGUGAUCCAUGUAUGUACAUGUAUAUUUCUCCAAAAACAUGAUAAAACCAAAAUAUCACAGACUCAUCCUUACCCAUAUUUUUUUUCAUAAAAACUAUCCAUCGUGUACAAUAAAAACUUCCCACCUCCCUCUCAACUUCCUGUUCAUACUCCUCACCCAGCUGAGAGUGGUAGGAUCCCUUUGGCCUCUUGCCUCAGAGCUAGGAUCACAGAGGGCCUAAGGUCAGAGUAUAAGCCAAAUAUAGUUUGCAUUUCCAAAUUCAGUGGUACAGAUGUUGAGAAUAGAGGAGUAAGUGUCAGUGUUAUGGAUUAUUAAGCUGAAUGUUGGUAAAAAAAAAAAAAAUGCGUAUGGUUGCUGCUUCACCCCAGGGUUUUAUUAACAUCCAGUCCCUGCCAGGCUGCUAGACAGAUGGUGUCCUGAGGUACCAUCCAAUAAUGAAACAGGUAUCUGACAAAAAUGAACUAGGAAGAAAGGUAGGAUCCCCAAAGAAAGCAAGCAGUUGGGUCACAGAAAUAACUCUUCCGUGAGAUAAAGUCCAACUACGUUUAGCCAAACUGGUAGGUGAACCUCAAAAUGUUCAGUUCUGUUGCCAACUUUCCAUUCUGAGUAUUUGGUAGAGGUUGGAUUUGAGCAAACUGAAUGCUUUCACCUUGGGCAGAAAGGGUCUGGAUCUCCCACUCUAUUUAUUUCAACCUCAUUGCUAUUUGGGCUGAAGUAAAAAAUGAGAUUUCCGUUCAGUUCACCUGAGUGUUUGCAAAAAAAGCUCUUCAGAGAGAACUUUAUGGACACCAAUGAUUGUUCCCAUUCUCUUCAUGAUUUUGCAGUGAUAGUUCUUUUUCCCCUUUCUUAGAAAUGUUAAUGCCAAAGUUGCCUGAAUAUUUGAGUAUUUUUCCUUAAUUUGAAGUGUACAGAAUAAUUCCAGAGGUGUUAAAAGAUUCUGUUUAUUUGUGUCUGUGAUGAUGUCGUUGUGUCCAGAGAGGCUUCAAGAAAUCCUUUAGAAACAAAAGGUUAAAUGUUUACAUUUCAUGUGAUAUUUGAAGUCUUAAGAUACUAAUUAGCAUACUUCUUUUUUCUUUGUCUUUGGCUGAUUCCUGCUUUGUAGAUAAGUAUCCGUAUCCCUGAAAUGUUUAUAACAUUCAAGCAAGAAAAAAACAAAUGACAUCAAAGUCAGCCUGAUGAGAAAGUGAUGACAGGGCACUUUCAGGUGUUAAGUAACUUGUAUGGAAAGAGGAAAGGCAGUUAGCUCCAUUCAUUGCACUUGCUGCCUAGCAUGCUGUUCCCGAAAGGAAUACCCUCAGUAAUUAUAAACAGUUCUUGAAGUCAUGCCGAAUGCAGCAGGUAGUAGUUAGUACUGGUUCUCUAUGGCCACCUGGUAGUUCUUUAUAGCAACAGGCCAGCAAAGGACCCUGUGGUUUGCCUUUGUGUGUAUGCCCCCCCCUCCUCUAGGGGGCGCUUAGUAGACAAGCCCUAGGCCUGUCCAUUUGUCCACUCUAUGCUGUUGUAACUUCUCUAAUACCUAUUCAGAGGGAGCAUACCUGAUGCUGCUUUUAUUAGAGAAGAUAAAACAUCCUAAGUAACAGUUUGUAAGAUCUGCAGACACCCAAAGGAGAACCUUAGUCUUUUCCAGGUAUUUCCAACUUAAGUUCAACCUGAAGCCUUUGAAAGGAAUGCCUUACCAAAUGGCCACAAGCUAAGACCCAUCAGAUCAAAGAAAUAAAAGUCUCGGCAACCAGAUGGCAUAUCUUAUGGUGUCUCCACAAGACUAAACAUUCUCAAGAUGGCCAGGAACUGAUGGGAGGGAACUGUUAGCCCAAGAUCUGUCUUGCUCAUCUCAUCUACCCACAUUCCUUUCAGACUCCUGGAACUCUUGAUAAAAGGAAGCCAAAAUAUUGUCACUUAUCGGCUAUCCAUUUUCCAGUAGCCUUUGGGUCAGUUGAUAACCACACUUCUUUCUCUGCCUGAUUCCAUUUUUAUUAAAAACUGUUGUGCCCACGUGAGCCUGUUUUCCUUAACACAGGUCCAUGAAAGCUUGGUUUCCUCUUUUGCUAUGUGUCACAUGGCCUGGAAAUCAAGACAGCAGCUGUUGGUAUGGUCUCCGUGCUAAGUGAAAAAUUAGAUUUUAUAGAGGUAAUUUUUUUUUUCUUUUGGACCUACAGUAAUUUUUUAAACUGUCAUUGUAAAACUGCCCUUAAAAAAUUAGAGGCUUUUAAAGAUUACUUGCCAAAGAUAAAUUAGCUCUGUAAUAGGAACAGUUAUGUGGCAAUUCUGGGACUUUAACUUAGAGAUUCAUUAAUUUAAAGAUGGAAUACACCCUCCAAGUGUGAUUUCCAAAAGUUUCAUAAAGCCUCUAAACCUGUGAUUCUCAUCAGCUCUCGGUUUGCCCACAGAAUCAGUUACCUCCGUAGCCAUUUCUUGUCAAGCCAGGGGGAGAGGGUUAGUUUUGGGAUUUGAUUGUUUUUAAUUUGCAGUGAGAAAUAGGGUAGGUGAUAAUACCUUACUUGUUUUCUUAAGACAAUUCAAUGCUUGGGCAUCUCUGUCAGAAAUGGAAUGAUGUACUGUUAGCCAAUUAGAAUUAUUUUAUGUAUUGUUGUGUUUCGCUGAUUUUUAUAUGAAAAUAUAAUUAUUCAUUCCUGAUCUCUGGAAGCAAUCAUUAUUAUGAGGAUCAUUUUACUUUGGAAACACUUUCAUAAUAAAGAUAAGUAUUAAGAGUAAA